AUGUCGCUGUCCCCCGUACGCAGUCUGCGUGACUCUGCGUCGCAGUCGCAGUCGCAGCCGGUGCCUUCGUCGCCGCUUUUCUUCGCUCUGUCGUCCGAUCCCCCAUCAGAAUCUUCCAAAAGAGAAAUCUCGUCUCCGCUCCAUUACACGCUGUCCAGCCGUGCUGCUGGCCUGUCCAGGGGCCACUUGGGCCUGUCGCAGCCUGACCUCCCUUCAGAAGACCGGAUCACGCGCCGGCCCGCGCGGUCCGACUUGAACUCUGACGUGUUGGCUACUCCAGUGAAGCGGCGUAUGUUUGCCACGUCGCUGGAUCCAGUGGAGGGAGACGCCGACGCCGAACCCGUGCGGGUCAUUUGGGGUACAAACGUGUCGAUCCAGGACUGCAGCAACGCGUUCAGGGACUUUUUGAUGUCCUUCAAAAUGAAGCACCGUCGUAUCAUGGACGGCCAGCCUGUAGAGCCAGAGGACCUGCAGCUCUACUAUGUGGGCCAGCUUACGGCCAUGAAAGACUUGGGAACGACAAACUUGAAUUUGGACGCUGCCAAUUUGUUGGCCUACCCGCCCACGAAAAAGUUAUAUUACCAGCUCAUCAAUUACCCACAGGAAGUGAUUCCCAUUAUGGACCAGACAGUCAAGGACUGCUUGGUUUCGCUUUUCCUGGAGCUGGCAGCUGUGGUUGCUGUGGACGCCAUUGAGACCAACAUCUACACCAUUCGGCCUUACAACAUCAAUGCCGUGAAAAAGGGCAUGCGUGAGCUCAAUCCCAACGACAUUGACAAGCUUGUGUCGGUCAAAGGUCUUGUUUUACGUGCUAGUGCCAUUGUUCCCGACAUGAAAGUGGCCUUCUUCAAAUGCAGCGCCUGUGAUCAUACUCUAGCUGUGGAAAUAGACCGCGGUGUGAUCUCCGAACCUACAAAGUGCCCGCGUGCGGUUUGUGGCCAGGUCAAUUCCAUGGCCUUGGUGCAUAACCGUCUGUCUUUCGCUGACAAGCAGGUCGUCAAGUUGCAAGAGACUCCCGACAUGGUUCCUGCGGGUCAGACACCACAUUCCGUCAAUUUGUGCGUAUACGAUGAGUUGGUGGACACUUGCCGUGCUGGUGACCGUGUCGAAGUGUGUGGAAUUUUCCGUUCGUUGCCUGUUCGUGUCAAUGCUCGGCAAAGAGCAGUCAAGAGUUUGUACAAGACAUACUUGGACGUUGUUCAUGUUCAGAAAAUCGAUGCCCGCCGUUUGGGCGUUGACCUGCUGACGGCUCCACCGCAAGACGCCCAUGAAGUUGAACAGCGUCGUGUUUUAAGCCCCGAGGAUAUUGAGCGUGUGCGUGAGAUCUCUCAACGGGACGACUUGUACGAGGUCUUGGCCCGUUCUCUUGCGCCAUCCGUGUACGAGAUGGACGAUGUGAAGAAGGGCAUUUUACUUCAGUUGUUUGGCGGAACAAACAAACAGUUCCGCAACGGUGGCCGUUAUAGAGGCGAUAUCAAUGUCCUUCUUUGUGGUGACCCAUCCACGUCGAAAUCGCAGAUUUUACAGUACGUGCACAAGAUUGCUCCGCGAGGAAUCUACACGUCGGGUAAAGGUUCGUCUGCCGUCGGUUUGACCGCUUAUAUUACCCGUGACAUUGACACAAAACAGCUAGUGUUGGAGUCUGGGGCCUUGGUUUUGUCCGAUGGUGGUGUAUGUUGUAUCGACGAGUUUGACAAGAUGAGUGAUGCCACCCGGUCUGUCUUGCACGAAGUGAUGGAGCAACAGACUAUUUCCAUUGCCAAAGCAGGAAUUAUCACCACAUUGAAUGCUCGUACGGCCAUUUUAGCCCUGGCGAACCCAAUCAACUCUCGUUAUGAUCCCCGCUUGCCUGUCACAGCCAACAUUGAUCUCCCGCCCCCAUUGUUAUCUCGUUUUGAUCUUGUCUACUUGAUCUUAGACAAAGUGGAUGAAUCUAUUGAUCGUCACCUCGCGCGCCAUAUCACGGACAUGUACUUGGAGGACGAGCCUGAGUCUGUUUCUGCACACGCCGUUUUACCUGUAGAGACUUUGAGCAUCUACAUUCAAUAUGCUAAGGAGAAUGUUCACCCACAAAUCACAGCCGAAAGUAAAGCUGAGUUGGUGCGGGCUUACGUGGAUAUGAGGCGUUUGGGUGAUGACGCUCGUGCAGCCGACAAGCGCAUUACUGCUACUACAAGACAACUCGAGUCGAUGAUCCGUUUAUCUGAAGCCCAUGCGAAAAUGCGUCUUUCUCCACGUGUGGAACUCGUUGAUGUAAAAGAGGCGGUACGUUUGAUCAAAUCAGCCAUCAAAGAUUAUGCCACGGACCCUAUCACCGGCCGCAUUGAUAUGGAUAUGGUCCAAACAGGUACAACCAUGGCACAGCGGCGUAUGCAAGAAGAUUUGGCACAUGAGGUGCUUGCGUUGCUCGACUCUCCAAUUCGCUUUUCCGAUUUGGUUACGCGAAUCAACGAAAAGCUGUCUGUCCGUGUUGAGAAUGCUGAUCUUAAUGAGUGUCUCCGGAGAUUACAACAGGAGGGCAAGAUUGUUGAAUCAGGUGAUACGAACCGGCGAACCAUCCGCAAGCUUGCGGUGAUUUAG